AUGUGCUCAUCCCCACUGGGUUCCAGUGAUCCCGGGUCGAUGGCCCUAUCACAAGAGUCUUCCUCACAAGCGCCAUUUUCCACGGCCAGGAAACUUAGUGAGGAUCAUUUCAAUUUACGUCAGGAGAUUAAUGAUUUAAUUCAGUUGGAAUUUUCCUAUCCGGGUCAGCGUGGAUCCCCGGCACGGGCGGCCACGGUUGCACGGAGUCAAACGAACGAGCACGAACACCGAGCCACUCCGAGGUUGUCAGAACCCAACGUGGCAGUUGAUCUGGUUGAUAAUCGCGGUUUCGGACCCCGAUCACGGCAGCAUCCAUUCCGCUGGUCUAGUGGGGCACAUACGUCAACCCCGAAAUCUACACACAAAAUAGACGACGAUCGCGCCUCUCCCGGACGAUCUCAACCGAAAAUCCUCGUGCACUCUCCGGUCUCCUCGUCCUCCCUGGCGCUGGAGGCGAGCAGUGUGGAUCGGAUUACCUGGGUUGGGAAACGGGCUCGAAUUCGACCAGACCCGGCCACAGAUAUAUCCGCAGAUAGUCAGCUGAACGGUGGCGCAUUCUGGGAAGGGGAUACAGAUGUCGGAGAUCGAAUAUCCAUUUGGUUUCUCACAUCUGGACAGCUGGCAUUAUUGCGCAAACUGGGCCUUGUACAGCUCACCUCAUUGGCCGAAAAACAUUGCGUCAACCGAUCACCUUUUAGCUGGUAA